UUUGUUGUUGUUGUCAGUGGAUAUCUUUUGUUGCGGUUGUGUGCAGUUGUGAUUGGAAGGGGGCUGGAGCUCUGCAGACACCUGUUGUGUCUCCUUAAAGCGACGGCAGAGCUGUAGGCUGCAUCAGACGCGUCGCCUCGUCCUGUUGACAUCAGCAGCGGCUGCAUCCUCACCGGGACGCAGAGACAAAGGCUUGUUGUGUAACUAAUUGAGGGCUUUACUGGUCGCGGUGGGCAAAUACGCAUUAAGGGUUGCGGUUUGUGUGGUUAUGUUCAUUAAGACAUUCCUGCACGGAUUGGGGCGACAGAGAGUGGAGGGCUUUACAUAAUAAAGUGCAUGCUUUUCACGUGAAAUGCCCCUUUAAAAGCGGGCUUCCUUCGGCUACAUUGAGGCACAUCGUAAACGAACGGACUGGGGAGGAGUGAAAAGUCUGUGACAGCUGCACUUUGUUGUGUCAAUACAGCUUCAGUAUGGUUUCGUCUUAUCCUUUACCGGAGGGCUUCUCCGACUUCGAUGUGUUCUCGCUGGGAUCGUGUCUGCUGGUGGAGGGUCUGCUGGGUUUCUUUUUAAACGCGGUGACAGUCGUCGCUUUCCUCAAAGUGAGGGAGCUGAGGACCCCCAGCAAUUUCCUCGUGUUCAGCUUAGCCCUGGCUGAUAUGGGCAUCUCUAUGAACGCCACCGUCGCUGCUUUCUCCAGCUUCCUGAGGUACUGGCCCUAUGGCUCUGAUGGAUGCCAGACUCACGGUUUCCAGGGUUUCGUGACAGCUCUCGCCAGCAUCCACUUCAUGGCCGCCAUCGCCUGGGACAGAUACCACCAGUACUGCACUAGGACAAAGCUGCAGUGGAGCAGCGCUAUCACUCUUUCUGUAUUUAUCUGGCUCUUCACUGCCUUCUGGUCUGCCAUGCCGCUCAUCGGCUGGGGAGAGUACGACUACGAGCCCCUCAGGACCUGCUGCACUCUGGACUACAGCAAGGGAGACAGAAACUACGUGUCUUUCUUAAUCCCCAUGGCUAUCUUCAACAUGGCCAUCCAGGUGUUUGUUGUCAUGUCCUCUUACCAGUCCAUUGCACAGAAAUUCAAGAAGACUGGAAACCCCAGGUUCAACCCCAACACUCCUCUUAAGACCAUGCUGUUCUGCUGGGGCCCCUAUGGCAUCCUGGCUUUCUACGCCGCUGUGGAGAACGCCAACCUGGUCUCCCCCAAGCUCAGGAUGAUGGCACCUAUCCUGGCUAAGACCUCUCCCACCUUCAAUGUUUUCCUGUACUCUUUGGGAAAUGAGAACUACAGAGGAGGCAUCUGGCAGUUCCUCACCGGGGAAAAGAUUGAAGUGCCUCAAAUUGAGAACAAGUCCAAAUAAACUAAGCAUGCAAUAAUUA